AUGAAGUAUGAUCUCGAACAAGGAGCUGUAAUGCAGCUUAGGCUACCAAAAUGUGUUCCUCAUCAGAAUGUCGGUCGUUUUGCUACCUCCAAAGACGGAUCUCUAUUAGCGAUGAUAGCUCGUAAUGCACAGGUCUAUGUGCUGUCUUCGUCGUCUAUGGAAUUGGUUAAAACUUUAUCGGCACCUACGGACGUGACAUCGGUACAAUUCCUUCCUGGAUCCAAUCGUGAAAUAUGGGCCAUGACAGAACGCGGCGAGGUCAUUAUUUGGAACCUGAAUGGAUCUCAACAUCUGUUCCGAGACGAGGGUGCAGUACGUGGCACGAAGAUUCGGUUAAGUGGUGACGGAAAUAAGGUAGCCUGUGGGUCGAGUACUGGUAUUGUGAAUGUAUACGACGCAGCUGAUGUCCGAAAUAGUACUGAUCCCAAACCUGACACAGUAGUGACGAAUCUGGUGACCUCAUGCGAUUCCAUUGCUUUCAAUCAUGACUGCCAAGCAAUGGCGUUCAGUAGCAACGUUAAAAUGUCCAAUGUGGAAUGUGUUGAAUUUUCACCGCAUAGUGGUUAUCUGGGCAUUGGAUGCGGAAAUGGUCAAUUAAUUCUGGAACGAAUGAAUCAUUUCGAAGACUAUUAA